CCCUCUCCUAAUCUCCAUUUUCAUCAAAAUUGAACUCUGCCCCUGGUGCUCUACAAUGGAUAAAUUCCUCCACAAAAUACCCGAAGUGGCUCUGUUUGUUUACGCUAUUUGCUUGCUCAGCCUCAUCCCAAAAAUCGAAGGUGCUGACCCGGUCAUAGAAUGCCCGAACACAAAUCUUAGCACAACCAGUACCUACGCCCCGAACAGCACCUACGAAACAAACCUCAACACCCUCUUCUCCGUUCUCUCCUCCAACUCCACUGUAUCCAAUGGCUUUCACAAGUUCAACGCCGGCAGCAGCGUCCCUGACAUCGCCUAUGGCCUCUUCCUUUGUCGCGGCGAUGUUUCAGCCAACAUGUGUCGAGACUGCGUCGUUUACGCUAUUGGGGAUGUAGUUGAAAAGUGCCCCGGGGCAAAACAGGUCACGAUUUGGUACGACCAAUGUAUGCUGAGGUACUCCAAUGUGUCCCUGACGCUAUCCAUCUUUUCUGCUCCGGAGACCGGAAGUUGGUAUAUGUGGAAUUUGCAGAACGUGACGAAUGUGACCCGUUUAAAUGAAGUUUUGGAAAAGGUAAUGACCAAUAUAACCGAUCGGGCAUCGAGUGAUCACUCAGGCAAGAAGUUUGCGACUGCAAAAGCCAACUUCUCAUCAGUUCAAUCGGUGUAUGGACUAGCACAAUGCACGCCAGAUUUGUCUGAUUCUGAUUGCAAUAACUGCCUCCGGAUAUGUAUCUCGCGGUUUUCGAAGUAUUGUGCUGGCAAAGUUGGAGGGAGAGUGUUGUUUGGGAGUUGUAUUGUCAGGUAUGAGAUGUACCCGUUUUACAAUGCUAGCCUCGGUGCCGCACCAUCGCCCCCUUCGCCAGUUGUCCCUCCUCCCCCUCCUCCUCCUCCUCCUAGUACUACAACUACAAGCGGCCCUGCAAACAGAUCUGUUUUAGAACCAGCAAAUACCGAGGACAUUCUGAAGGAAGGGAAAAAAGGAAACAUCAUUAAAAUCGGUGUAAGUAUAUCAGCGUCCGUCGUGGUGGUGGUCGUGGUGGUGCUGCUUGGUUCUAAUAUCUACUACCAAAGGAGAAGUAAAAGAACAGCGAAAGAAGAGAAAGAAAAUAGCUUUGAAGUUCAAUUACUUGACCUAGCGGAAGGAAGAAUUGUUGAUGAUUACAACACUGAGAAUUCGAAUGGAGAAAAUCCCGCAAAAUCACAGGACUUCCCUUCAAUUCAGUUAGAUAUUAUACUAGUAGCUACGAAGCAAUUUUCUGAAGAAAAUAAGCUUGGAGAAGGUGGAUUUGGUCCAGUUUACAAGGGUACAUUAUCAGAUGGGAAGGAAAUUGCAGUAAAGAGGCUCUCAAGAAAUUCCGGCCAAGGGCUGCAAGAGUUCAAGAACGAAAUAUCUUUAAUUGCUAGACUACAACAUAGGAAUCUUGUCAGACUCUUAGGCUGUUGCUUGGAGGGGAACGAGUUAAUGCUAAUCUAUGAAUACAUGCCCAACAAAAGCUUAGAUUUCUUCCUCUUUGAUUCAACUAAAGCUGCAGAACUAGACUGGAAGAGACGUUUUCUCAUAAUUAAUGGGAUAGCUCGAGGCCUUCUGUAUCUGCACGAGGAUUCUCGACUUAGAAUAAUUCAUAGGGACCUUAAAGUUAGCAACAUUCUGUUAGAUCGAGAAAUGAAUCCCAAGAUAUCAGACUUCGGAAUGGCAAGGAUUUUUGGUGGAAACCAAAGUGAAGCCAACACAAACAGAGUUGUUGGCACAUAUGGAUAUAUGGCUCCAGAGUAUGCUAUGGAAGGACUAUUUUCUGUUAAAUCUGAUGUCUUCAGUUUCGGAGUUCUCUUAUUAGAGAUUAUAAGUGGGAAAAGGAACAGCGGCUUUUACCUUUCUGAGCAUGGUCACAGCCUACUCACUUAUGCGUGGAAUUUAUGGUGCAAAGGUGAAGGAGUAUUGAACCUGAUGGACCCAUUACUUGUGGAUUCAUGUGUAGAAACAGAAGUGUUGAAGUGUAUCCAUCUCGGAUUGUUGUGCGUCCAAGAAGAUCCCGCAGACAGACCGACAAUGUCAACUAUAGUUAUUACAUUGGGAAGCGAUAGUGUGACACUGCCUAAACCAACACAACCAGCAUUUUCUGUUGGGCGUUUGGUGUUAAAAUCAUGUCAAGCCUCACCAAAUGCUAACUUAGUCUCAGCGAACGAGAUGACUAUUUCAGAUGUAUCAGCCCGAUAAUAUGUCAGCAAAUUCUUUCUUCUUUUUUUGGUUUUCUGGCAAAAUUAUGUAUUAUCAUUUUUUGCUUUUCUUUUUGAACUGCAGUAUUUGAUUUUGCUUUUCUUUUUGAAUUGCAGUGUAUCAUUUAUGCUUAAUAAGAACUUUUGUCUACUUGGUUUGAUC